UCGCAGACGGCUGCGGGCCGCCGGGCGCCCGGCAUGUCCCCUGAGUGCGCGCAGGCGGCGGGCACAGGGUCCCCGCGCAGCCUGGAGCGGGCCAACCGCACCCGCUUCCCAUUCUUCUCCGACGUCAAGGGCGACCACCGGCUGGUGCUGACCGCUGUGGAGACGGUCGUGCUGGCGCUCAUCUUUGCGGUGUCGCUGUUAGGCAACGUGUGCGCCUUGGUGCUGGUGCCGCGCCGUCGGCGCCGCGGCAACACCGCCUGCCUGGUGCUCAACCUGUUCUGCGCAGACCUGCUCUUCACCAGCGCCAUCCCGCCCGUGCUGGCCGUGCGAUGGACCGAGGCCUGGCGGCUGGGCCCGGUCGCCUGCCACCUGCUCUUCUACGUGAUGAGCUUGAGCGGCAGCGUCACCAUCCUCACCCUGGCGGCCGUCAGCCUGGAGCGCAUGGUGUGCAUCGUUCGCCUGCAGCGGGGCAUGCGGGGCCUGGGGCGGCGGGCGAGGGCCGCGCUGCUGGCGCUCAUCUGGGGCUACUCGGCGCUGGCCGCGCUACCCCUCUGCGUCUUCUUCCGCGUCGUCCCCCAGCGGCCCUCCGGCCGGGACCAGGAAAUUCUGAUUUGCACACUGGUUUGGCCCAGCAUUACCGGAGAAAUCUCCUGGGAUGUGUCAUUUGCUACUUUGAACUUCUUGGUGCCAGGAUUGCUCAUUGUGAUCAGCUACUCCAAAAUUUUACAGCUGAGGAUCUGUAAACUUCUUAGAGGCUCGGAACCCAAAACCAGGCCAACCUCCAUCUGGUUCUGCUAA